UGACUUUUUUAUAAAUAAUUAACUUCUGACCAGCGGGUGGGUGACCGGUGGGCGUACCAUCUACCAGCCACCCCCAAAUCUUGUACAGGCGGAGUAGGGGAGAAUGUGUUGCACUGUGGGGGGCGCACCAGGGCGUCCCGGCAACUGGAUAAUUUUGCUGAUAUCUGCAAAAUAGCGGAACGGCGUCGACGGCUGACCGACCAUCGCAAUCCAGUCAGUAUUCCUGAGUCCGAGCACACGCAACCAUGGCGUCAGGAGGAUCCGGAUUGUCGCGAGAGGGGUGCAGCAAUUUGUUCCGAACCUUCGAAAUAGCUUUGAAAAAGUCGAACCGUCAUCUUCUCCUGUCGUCGACGUAUGGGUUGAACGCUUCGUGGUCGAAGAAACUCACCGUGGGACUUCGCCUUCGCAUGAACGGCACUUUCGAACCCGUCGUGCGAUUGAUCAACAAUUACUCCAGCGUUGUGUCGCUAGGAUUGGAAGGUUGGGCCAGCCUGAUUGCGAAUUCGCCGAAGCUGGAGGAAUACUUCGUGAAGAAAGAUGCUCCCGGUGACAACCUCUUCGCGCUGGUGGACGAUACGAUCGCGCUAGAUGGUGGGUGUUCUUUGCGUUUUACAACGGCUCACGGUGCGAAGGUGGUCGCAUUUUACUCGACCGAAACAUCGGGCAACGGAGACGACGCUACCGUCGAAAAUUCACCUCAGGAGGAUGAUGAUGAAGAGAAUACCGCGACGCAGGGGGUCAAAAGGCGAAAAGUUUACACCCCGGUAAUCGUGAUGCAAAAAGUAACCUUCGACGGCCUGAAACACAUAGCGUGCUGCGCGAACGAGCGGCUGCUUCAGCUGGACGCGCUGCUGGGAGACGUCAACAGGUCCAAGGAAUCGAUCGUUCGCUACUUCGCUUCGAUAAUCACGGCUAGGAAAAUAAAAGCGCCAACUCUGCAGCAGAUUCACGGGGUCGUGUGCGACGACAUAGAGACUGCGCGAGAAGUGGUAUGUUUGCAGUUUGAUAUAGGAUUCCGAGACUACUUCUUCGAUAUUGUUUACUGCGAAAUGAUGCGCUUAUUUUUGUCGUAUAUCGUUGCCGAUAUUAGGCAAAGUGUUUUGAUCCAGGGGUAGUUGAAGUUGAUGUAUAAAUCGGUAGAAUGAUAA